UCAUCAUGGCGUUAGCAGCGGCAGCCAAGCGCUCUGCAGCCUCUGUACUUUUCACUAGAUCAUUGUCAUUACCAGAGCUCAAAUCCGCCUACUCUUACCAUAAAAAGGUGGUGGACCACUAUGAAAACCCUAGAAAUGUUGGUUCCCUUGACAAGAAUGCCAAGGGCACUGGUUUGGUAGGCGCUCCUGCAUGUGGGGAUGUAAUGAAACUACAGGUUCAGGUGGAUGAGAAUGGAAAGAUAACAGAUGCCAGAUUCAAAACAUUUGGCUGUGACUCAGCCAUUGCUUCCAGCUCACUGGCCACAGAGUGGAUGAAGGGGAAAUCAAUCGAUGAAGCCCUGAAAAUCAAAAACACAGAGAUUGGCAAAGAACUUUGUCUACACCCAAUCAAACUACAUUGCUCCAUGCUUGCAGAAGAUGCUAUUAAGGCUGCAUUAGCAGACUACAGGCUCAAACAGAAGGACAACAAGGAGACGUUGGCAGAGGCUCGAAAUAAAUGUCCUAAUUCACCAAUGAGUCUGUUACCCACUCUUGUCGUGACUCAGAAAAAUGGUGUAGUUUAUUUCCUGCACUGAGGUUGCAAUGAACAUAAUGGC